AUGCAGGCGUACGAGGAGCUGAAGCAGCUGCAUCUACAGCUGCACAACCUGCGGCACUUUCUUGCCCUAGGUGGGUGGGACAUGCAGACCAUGAUGCCGCCGAAGGGCGCGACGGCCCGCGCGAACGCGCUUGCGGAGCUGGAGGCGCACGUGCGCCAGCUUCACACAGCGCCACGCGUUGCGCUCCUGUUGAAGGAGGCGCUGCUGGUUAAGGACGAACUCGCCGAGGUGGACCGCGCGAACCUCCGCGAAAUGGUGCGUCUGCACGAACUUGCGUCGCAGCUGCCGGAGGAGCUGCUGCGGCGCAAGGCGCGGCUGACAACGCUGGCACAGCAGCUGUGGGUGAAAUGCCGCGCGGAAAACGACGUUGCUGCGUGGCUGCCGACGCUGCAGGAGCUGGUGGACCUCGAGCGCGAGGAGGGCCGCCUUCGAGCCGGCACGAGCGGGAAGUCCCCGUACGACGCGCUGCUCGGUGCCAACGAGCCCGGGAUGACAGUUGCGAAGCUGGACGCAAUCUACGCGGACAUCAAGUCGUGGCUGCCGGCGCUGUACAAGGAGGUGCUGGAGAACCAAAAGGACGUGGACGCGAGCCUCACUGAGCUGCAGACGCCGAUCUCGAAGGAGAAGCAGAUUGCGCUUGGCCGGCAGCUGAUGACGGACGUGUGGAGGUACGACUGGGGCGCCGGCCGCUACGACGAGGCACCGCACCCGUUUGGUGGGAUGGUGAAGGAGGACGUGCGGAUGACGUACUACUGGUCGCCGGACAACUACACCAAGUGCCUCCUGGCGACGAUCCACGAGACAGGACACGCCAAGUACGAGCAGAACUGCGGGCCGCGCGAGCUGCUUGGGCAGCCGGUGUGCGAGGCGCGAUCCGGCGGCAUCCACGAGACGCAGUCGCUGCUGGCGGAGAGGAUGAUAGCCAAGUCCGCUGCGUUCGCCGAGUACCUGACGCCGCUGCUGAAGCUGCACCUUGGCGCGCAGCCAGGGCUCACGGUGGAGAACGUGCGCAAGAUCAACCAGCUGGUGAAGCCAAGCUACAUCCGGACGCUCGCGGACGAGGUGGGUUACUCUCUCCACGUGAUCCUGCGCUACGAGAUCGAGCGCGACCUGAUCGAGGGGAGCCUGGAGGCGGUGGAUGUGCCGCGGGUGUGGAACGAAAAGAUGAAGGAGUACAUGGGCCUGGAGACGCUUGGGCGUGACGACCUCGGUUGCCUACAGGACAUCCACUGGGCUGCCGGCUACUGGGCAGGCUUUCCCGCCUACACGAUCGGCGCCAUCGGCGCUGCGCAACUCAUGGCGGCCAUCCGCCAGCAGCUGGGUGACGACGUCGUGACGCAGUGCAUCCGCACGGGCCACAUCGAUCCCAUCUUGGCCAAGCAAAAGGAGAUGAUCUGGGACCUGGGCUGCCUGCUCGAGACGGACGAGCUGCUUAUCAAGGCAACCGGCGAGCCGCUGAACCCGCGCCACCUGCGCGAGCACCUGGAGCGCCGCUACUUGCGCAAAGAGGACUGA